GGAGGUUUCACUUUUGGGUCUGGGAACCUUCAGGCUGUGUGUGCACUGGGCAACUCCAGGGCAGAGGCUUCCAAUCCUGGCCCGCAGGGCAGCCUGGCUUCGGCUUAGUGGGCACAGGCACGCGACAGUCACGGUCACUGCCCUGAGGGUGAAAGGCCUGACCAGCUGCCCUCCUCAGGAGCAUGGCAUCAGCCUUUGAGAAGGUGGUCAGGAGCGUGGUCCGGGAGCUGGACCACAAGGAGCUCACCCCCGUGGAUAGCCUGUGGAGCUCCGCCAGCUUCCAGCCCUACAGCCUUUUGAGCAGGAAGCCCUUGCACUCAUGGUUCUGGAGACCGCGCUACAUGUGUGUCAACUUGUCCAUCAGGGACAUCCUAGAGCCCGAUGCGCCGGAGCCAGUGCUGGAGUGUGGCGGCACCUUCCAGUUCCACGAUGCAAUGGAUGGGCAGCUGCAGGGCAGCGUGAACCUGGAGGCCCCGGGACAGGGCAGGCUCUCAGGCGGGGCUGCAGUGUCCGGCAGUUCCAGCGCCUCGAUGGACCUGCGCACUCUGAGAGUGGCUCCCAACACCUGGGAAGCCAUGCACCAUGAGAGGCGCCUGCGGCAGCCUGAGCCCAAAACCCUGCAGCAGCUGCGGAGUCGGGGGCAUGACGUGUUCGUAGUGACCGAGGUGCUGCAGACACAGAAGGAGGUGGAGGUCACCCGGACGCACAAGCAGGAGGGCUCAGGCCAGUUUGCACUUCUGGGAGCCCUCUGCUUGCAGGGCAAAGGCGAGGGCCACCUGAGCCGGAAGAAGACGGUCACCAUCCCCUCAGGCAGCACCCUCGCAUUUCGGGUGGCCCAGCUGGUUAUUGGCUCUGACUGGGAUGUCCUCCUCUUCCCAGACAAGAAGCAAAGGACCUUCCCGUCGCUGCAGGCAGGCCACAGGCCCUCCAGCAGUGCAGACGGCCAUCCACGUUCGUGCUUCAGCUUUGCCUCCAUGAGGGGCUUCUCUUACUCCUCCUGCCAGUUCCAGUCGGAUGGGUCCAUGGAGCACUGGCUGGAGACCACUGACGACUUCAAGGGCCUCCAGGCAGAGGUGAAGGCCUGGGCCGUGGGCCUGGAGGGCUUGUCCAAGGGGCCGUGUGGGCGGCUGCUGGGUGGCCUGAGGCAGGUGCUACGGGACGAGCCAGCUCUGCAAGCCCUGGAGGAGUCGCUGGAGCAGGGCCUGUGUGGUGGGCAGAUGGAGCCUCGGGACGGUCCGGUGGGCGCCAUUCUUGAAUCCCUGGUGCUGCCCUCUGGACAGCUGGAACCGGAGCUCGCGGACUCCAUCUUCUACCUGCUGCAAGCACUAGCAGCGCUGAGCGAAGCCCAGCACGUGCUGCUGGCUGAGGUGCUGGAGAUGGGGACCCUGUCAGGGACGUUUUGGCUGGUGGAGUGCCUUGUGGAGCAGAGCAGCCCGUGGCAGGAGCACCGGGCAGUGUCCCUGCCGCCAGAGCGCCUGGGCGACAGCUGGGGCUCAGAGGCACCUGCCUGGGCUCUGCUGGAGGUGUGCGGCUUGGAGCCCCAGGAGCCGGUCUGCACUCCUCCACUUGGUGGAAGGCGAGGGAAGCCAUGUUCCCUUCCUGUCUGGCUUGCUGCUGCCCUGCAGCCCCAGGACUACUGGCUAAACAGAAGGAAUGGAGAAUCCCUGGUGGUCUGUUGGUUAAGGACUCGGCACUUCCGCCGCUGGGGCCCGGGAUUGAUUCCUGGUUGGGGAACAAAGAUCCCACAAGCAACAUGGCCCAAAAAAAUAAAAAUAAAGAGAAGAGGUGGUUGGCCCAGCUGUGGCCAACCUGAGAAAACUCAGGAUCGAGGUUGA